CAAAAACAUCCUGAUUUCACAUUUCUUAUAUGUGUGUAUGCAAUCGUGCUGUAUAUGUAUAUAUUCUCUGGUCAAUGGAAGAGUCAACUCAGAGAAGAGAAAGACUAAAAGCUAUGCGAUUGGAAGCUUCAAAGGAGGAUGCAACUCAUAACAAAGAUCAUUCAACUGUUAGUCUCGCAAACCCGUUACUUGAAUCCACAACUAACUCUGAAACUGAGGUGCAGAAGACUUCUCGAAGCUUUAGUUAUUACACCAACCCAAUGGCUGCGUAUUCUGGCAACAAGCAGAGGAGCCAGGUCAGCCCUCCGAUAUCACAGAAUAUUUCAUCCACUCCAAGCUUGCGUACCGACGAAAUGUUUACCUCACCUUCCCUUCAACCCCAUAUAAACCAAUCGCCAAAUCCGCAAAUGCAACAACCAUAGGGAUAUUAUGCAAGUUCUAAUCAUGCUUAUUCAUCUAACCCACCACAAAGUAGCUCUUUACCGAACCCGAGUUGGAGGGGCAAUAGUCCUCAUCCUAGAGGUUACUAUAGCCCACCAGGUGUCGGUUUUCCUAGCCCGCAAACCCACUUCACCAGUGGUCCAAGAUAUGGGAGAGGGAGAGGCCGUGGUCAGGACAGGGUGGAGGGCGAGGGCGGGACCGUAAUCAUGUAUCGGCAGAAGAACGACGACCCGAUUGUUUCUUCAACAAGUCAAUGUUGGAAGACCCUCGGAAGUUUCUAGAACCAGUAAUUUGGAAGUCACUCAAAAAGCAGUGGCUUCCACCUUCUGUUAAUGCGAAAAAACCUAGAGUUUCAGAAUCUCAAAGACAGUCUAGUUCAUAACCUAGCCUUGCUGAAAUAUUGGCUGCAUCUUUUAAUGAAGUUGUAGAGGAUGUACCCUAUACUGAAUGAUUUUUCUAAGGUUUUGUUUGGAUUUGUUUAUGGAGGAUGACGUGAUGUGCAGACUUUGAAUUACAGAUCAUAGUCUAGGCCCUCUCACCACGGAUCCUAUGUGCAAGCUGGAUAUCCUAAGGCUUCAGCAGCCUCCUGGAGAUCAGCUACAGCGGAGCUCGGAAAUCGUAGAUCUGUUUUGAAAUCCUGUGAGCGAUUUCUCUCACGAGCCUCUGGAACGGAAGUUUUAUAAGCUCAGUACUCUAGAGGUUACUAUAGCCCAGCAGGAUAAAACCAAGACUGGGCCUUAUCGUCUCCGACUAAUUGCUGCAUGCGCGUUUAGGUAAUUAUUAUUGCAGUAUUUAGUAUGUGUAAUAUUGAAAGAAUGAUAGGGAUGUAGAUAUUAAUAAAAUUCAUAUUUGUUUA